AUCGUACAAGAGUACACUUGGCAGCCUCAGCGCGCUGCGCAGUUCUCUAACAGCCGGCGUGUGCGGUGCGCGCGCUGCCUCCGUCACAUUGGCUGCUGCAGCUGCUGUCAACCUGCGCCGCGUCGUCAGCAAAAAGUAGUUCAGCGAUAGCUGCAGGAGCCGGUGCUGCUGAUAAUUGGGUUGUCACUGUCGCACUAUUGAAGGACACGCACCGUCAUCUCCGUUACAGAAGUCAGUUGUCCAGUCCAGUGCAUAUCGUGGUCUCUUGUCUGCUCAUGUGCAGUCAUCCUCGCCUCCUCUCUUCUCGGAGCAUUAUCCUGAUAACAGCCAAUCACGUCUCUUUUUUAUGUGGCGCCGACAUUGUGAUUCCACCCGUAUGUCCGCAGUUCCGGAAUGGAAUUAACAGUUGUGGUUUUAAACACUACUUGAAAUAAACUAGUCGGAUUGAGUUAAUGAUGUAGAGCAGUGUGGUCUGUUCCGCCAUCCUCUGUUUGUGGGGUCUUCUCCGCCAACAUUUCAUGGCUUUUUGUCAGAAAUGAACGAAAAAAGGCAAUACUAAAAAGAUAAUUCAGCAAUACGUGGAAAACAAGAAGCGCUAGAAAAUAGUUUCGAAAUUAAAGAGAAUACAAGUGACUCUAGGGCUGACCAUGCCCUCUCUUUUUGUUUGAAGAAAUAUGGACGCACUUGAGUGUGAGGAAACCAAGGAGUUAAGUCUCAUUUCUGGGAACUCUUCAAAUCUACUCUUGUGACUUGUGUUCGUACAGUUUGUUAGCCGUGACAGCAUUAAAUUACAGUCAAUAUCAGUUGUGGUGAAUUUACGAUCGACAGCGACUGUACAGGUUUACAGUCCGUCAGUUGUGACUGAUUGUGGUGGAGGUACAAUCUAUCAGCGGAGGCUCAAUCUGUCAGUUGUGGCGGAGCAGUGGAGGUACAGUCUGUCAGUGGAGAUGCAAUCUGUCAGGUGAGACAGCAGUGGACGAACACAUUUUCACCUGUGACUGCGAUGAGGCUGCAGACUGGCGGCAGAUCAGGGUUAGCGAAAAUAUAAGAGGCAAGAUUUGUCCUGGUGGAGAAGACAAAUACAAGUGAUAGCUGUUCACACUCUACAGGGAAAUAUGCUGCACAGGUGAGAUGUGACUGCACCCCACUACCAGCCACCUCUCAUCACCAGUCAGCCACCUCCUAGUUGUCGAUCCGCCGCCAAUCGAUCAUUUAUCAUCCACCUCUUAAACCACCAGUUAGCUAUAUCUCAGCCAUUUAUCAGCAGCCUUCAAGCCCAUUUAUCCUUCUUCUCAUUUAUCAGUCAUCUGUCAACAACUAUCAGCCAUCUAUUAGCCAGGGAAACUCCCUGGAGUGCUUUUAGUUUUGUACGUUUGCCAGGAUUUCAUGAAAGCAUUUGAGAGAAAACAGCAUCCAGUCAUUGUGGAGAGAAGGCAAUAAGUGAAUGUAGAGGAAUAGGACAGCAUCCAGUGAGUGUGGAGAAAACUAGGACAACAUCCAGAUAGUGUGAAGAACUAGGACAACAUCCAGUGAAUGUAGAGGAACAGAAAAGCAUCCAGUGAGUGUAGAGGAAUAGAACAACAUUCAGCAUAUAGAGAACUAGGACAGUGUAAACACCAACUUGUGGAGAAAUAAAGACAGUAUCCCGCGGUUUUACAGAGAAAAGACGACAUGCAGUAAUACUAUAGAGAGAAAGUCCUCUCCGAUGAUUUAAUAAAGACAACAUUUUCUGUAAACUGAAGACAGUGUCCAGUGAUAGCACAAACAGAAGAAAAUAUAUAGCGAUUCAGUAGACAGACAUAAUAGUGACAGAAAGAAGACGGUGGUCCUUUAGAGGAAAGACAGUAUUCAGUGAUUUUAUAGAGAGAAGAGGACGGCCGUGGUCAUGCAGGGACCAAACAUCAUCCAGUGAUCGAAAUUACUUUAAACUUCUUCGUGCUUUUGACGUCUGCACACAGUCCCGAGGGAUUCCGCAAAGCUUGCAAGUGUGGCAGGCGUGGUGAAAGUCCUUUUCCGUACCCGAGGGUUGGGUGUGAACGUUCACUACUCCCACCCUUCGGCUACAGCUCCUAGUACUUUGCCUUGUGGGUAGGGCAGUCCUGCAAGAUGUGUGUUGAAUUCUGCUCUAAAAGACCCAGACUUACACUGGACAUUUGGCUGAGCCUGCAUUGGCUGUCUACUCAAGAUGAGCGUCCACAUCACAGUGUCCCGUACUAAAGGGACUAGUUCCAACGAUUAGCCCUGCAAGGAUGCUGUAUCACGUGUCUAGAAUAUUACAAAAAAUAUUAUCAUAUGAAGAUAUCCUGCGUCAUAUCAACGCACAUCACUAUACAGAUAUACCUCGUGUUAUCGCACGUCACUACAGUGACACUAACAUGACACGUGAGUAUUUACUAUAAAGGUAUGCUGUGUAAUAUCAUGUCACGCCAUCACAAGUAGUCUCACAGUCAUUGAAUAUUGCUCAUUAUUGCCAUCUCAUGACCAGCUGCAACAUCAUUUCACCAGAGUAACGAUAAGAGUGUCAACUCGAUGACAGUCUAUAAAUUAGCCUUAUCGUGAAAACUGUAGCUAGGCAACCAGACCGGUCGGCCGACUAUGCUCCCAGACUGGUCUGCGUGCUUUGACUUGACAGGGCGCUCUACAGACUGAGUGGUGUGUCAGAUGAGAUCACAGGGGGCUGUACACACAGUGUAGUGUUAGAUGAGAUCACAGGGCGGCUCUACAGAGUAUAUUAUCAGACGACAUCAUCUUCACAUCAGUCGCUACAUCAGUGGUGUAUUUUUUUUCCUGAAUGCGACGUUUUCUUGAACACAAUAACACCAGUCAAAUGUCUGAACAUGACCACAGUGACACCAAUCAACUAUACUGAACAGAGUGACAGGCAGUUAUUUGGAACAAAGUGAUUCCAUCCACCUAGUCUGAACAGUGCAAGACCAGUCAACUAUUCUGAAUAUAUUGACACUGUGUGCUUGUCAACCCCUGGAUGGCGGUUUUCAGCCUUGGGCAGUGGUGAGGCAGACAGUAGACAAAGAUUGGAGCUUUUGUCUGCGCAGUACUGCUGCGCCUCUGCCGUGUGCGGACACCAACACCAGCAACCUUGUUUUGCUGUUGUUUUGCCAUGGUUUACCUUAUUCAGGGUCCAGACCCUGUAGUGGUGCUGGUGGCGACGGCCAUGGUGGCGGCAGUGCUGGCGGUGGGCGCCCUUGCCUCGUGGUACGUUUGUCGCCGUCACGUGACCAGCUAUCCGCCCAUCUGCCCCGAAAAGCAGACCUCGUUCUCGCGCGGCACGUGGCGACCGGAGAAAGGCCUACGCAUCAGCAAGAGCUCUCCCGACAUCUCCAGCCAUGCCUCGCUGUCGUCUGAGGAGUCUCUCCCCAGCAGGGCAGUCGCCAAAAAGGGGGUGUUCCAGGUCAACACCAGGCAGUGGACGUUACCCACCGUGCCGCAGAGACACCUCACCUUCCAGCGCAUGCUGUCUCACCGGCUGGACCUGUCCAACAUCGAGUUCAGCGUGCAGAGCAUCAAGCACAAGGAACAGCCCGAACUAGGCACCAUCAAACCAGAGCUCUACAAACAGGCGUCGGUGGACUCUCUGCGAUCAGAGCACGUGCCAUGCGGCAAGCUGUUCUUCAGUCUGCGGUACAACCAGGAACAGAGGGCGCUGUCUGUACACGUCAUACGAGCAGAAAAUCUUCCAGCCAAGGAUUUCUCGGGCACUUCUGACCCCUAUGUUAAGGUUUAUCUAAUGCCUGAUCGCAAAAUGAAGCAUCAAACGAAAGUUCACAGGAAAACCUUGAACCCAGAAUUCAACGAGACGUUUACCUUCUCGGUGUCUUACGAGGACUUGUCUCAUCGACUCCUGCAGUUCAGCAUUUACGACUUUGACCGCUUCUCGCGCCAUGACUUGAUCGGCGCAGUAAAAAUCAGGGACAUUCUGAGUGAAGGCAGUCUAACCAAGGAGACAUUCUUUGUUCGGGAUAUUUAUGCCGCCCAGCAGGAGAAGGCUGACAUCGGUGAAGUCAUGCUGUCACUGUGUUAUUUGCCAACCGCCGGCCGCCUGACCUUAACUGUGGUCAAAGCUAGAGGCUUGAAGGCUAUGGACAUCACAGGAAGCGCGGAUCCCUACGUGAAGGUGUCGCUGAUGUGCCAAGGCAAGAGGAUAAAGAAGCGUAAGACGGCUGUGCAGAAAAGUACCCUCCACCCGGUUUUUAACGAAGCCCUUGUCUUUGAUGUCCCACAGGAAAGCGUGGAGGACAUAUACCUGCUAGUGAAGGUCGUCGACUAUGAUAGGAUUGGCAGCGAUGAGUUGAUGGGGUGUUGCGGACUGGGCCCCAUGUUCAACGGUCAGGGUCGUGACCACUGGUACGAAAUGCUGGAGACUCCCCGCAAACCUGUGGCCCAGUGGUACCCCCUCCUUGAGCACCUGCCUGCCUGCCUACCUCUCUCUGCCAACGGCAAGUGCUGCCUCAGACAGCGACAGUCAACGGAGGAGUCUACAGAUUCCAAUUUUUUGGGAUAAUUCUUGUUUCUGGAUAGAAAUGUAUAUUCUGCGUCUUAUUUCACAUCCUUUUGCGGUUUACCAGAUUUUCAAUUGUUUGGGGUGUGUUAAAAAUGAGGCAAAUAGACGUCCCAGAGAUUGUUAAAGAUAGCAUUAAGUUGCAUGCGUAACUACAUUUCAUGUGUCUUGACAAAGUAAUUUCUGCACUGUCUACAUACUUUGUUCAAAGCUACAUUUUAGGUACUAGUUUUGGUAUACUAACAAGUGGCUGUUUAACUUCACACUUUACAACAUUUCCUCCAGUGAGAAAGCAGCAUUGAGUCCAUGCAGAAUCUUGGAAAAAAUGGAUGAAUCGAUACAUGCUUGAAAAUAACUUGAAACAGUCUUAUUGAAAAGGCAUCUGCUUUGGCUUGAAAAAGGCUUCGUCGAAGUGGGUUGUCGUCAGUAAGAUUCAGUAGGGCUGAUGGCGCCUCUUUCAUAUUUUUAAAUCAGCUUUUGCAUUGCUUAUCCCUCUCUCUGGCUCCUCACAGUUUGUUCUGUAAGAUAAAAGUUGUAAGAUACAAUUGUAAGAUAGUUCUGGACAUGUCUGCUAUAUCUGCAUUCUUUACUUAAUAACAACAAUAAGCACAUUUAUAUUGCGCCUUUCUCCAGCAGCAACAAGACUCAAAGCGCUGUACAAUAACGAGUUCACUUGUAUAGCAAGCUUCGCUGUCGAAAAGACGAGCAAAUAAUUGUCCAAUGAAGAAACAAAACACGAAGAUGGGGGCGUGAUGUGACACAAAAAUACACAAUGAGGCGAUAGAAAGUUUCUCCCGGGAAGAUCGAGUCAGGUAAGAUCGACGUGAACAACACGAUGUACAAAGUCGUCUUCAAGCAGCAAAAGGGAGAUCACCUCAUUCAAUGACGACAGACGAUAGCUCUAAAUAUGAUUGUUUGUUGUUCAAUCGUUUCACCAAGGCCUCCAAUUAAAGAAUUUGAAGCAGGACUGAACCAUUACAUCAAGUAAACAAGUGUUUACAGAGUGCUAUCUGGAUGCACGACAAAAGUAGAAGUGUGUGGUGUAAGCAUCACAGACCGCGAAGGACGCGGCAGGAUACGAAAACCGUUAAACAAAAACUUCGAUCUGUCCAUUCCAUGAGCAAAGAGGUAGAAAGCUACAAAUAAUCCAGCACAUAGGAAGUAAAGGAGGAUGUAAGAUCCACAAGUUAAAUGAAGAUAAAACCAGAACAGAUCGUAGCGACGAUAGCCUUCACUCAAUGGCAUAACAUACUCAAUGGUGUAAUGUUCAUAAAGUCAAAGAAUUACUUCCCGUAAUCGUUUUCAAGGGAUAUCGUCUGAUUUUAAUAGAGCUUUGGUCUUCUGUGAGUGUUAAAAGUACUAGCCCUGUAAACUCUUCUGGAGAGUGUUAGAAGCGCUAGCCCAUUAAACAUAUCUUUUGGACUAGGACAGAGGGUGAUAGUGAUGUGCUAGAC